AUGCAAUCAAACAGACCAAAUUAUUCUUGGACACCGAAUCCAAAUAACGUAUUUACUAAACCUAAACGUGACUACUUCAGGGGUCAACAUCCACAUUAUUGUCCUCAAAAGUUCCAACAAAAUCGGUUGCCAAACGAAACAACUGAUGUGUCGAUGCGAAAAGCACCUCACAUUAGACCAGGACAAAUUAAUUUUGGGAAAGGUAUGGUAGCGGAAGAAGUUUUCUUCCAUGAGGAAAACAUGGGGGAAGGUGAUUAUUUCGAAUACCCUCAUGUUUACGAGGAAUAUAGUGACGAAACAUUUAUUGACGAAUCCUCACAGAGUCCUGCGGCUUUCACCUCAAUUACUGCUUCAACUUCGUCUGCUCAUGGUUCGGCAUCUAAACGGCAAACAAAGCGGAAAAAUAAUGAAGAUCUAACAAAAGACGUUUUGCAAUCCGUUCAGGACCACUUUAAACGGCCGACAUAUCAAGAGGAUCGCUACGACAUUAUCGGAAAAAGGGUAGCAUUGAAACUUCGAGAAUUUAUAAAUAAACAGCAACAGUUGUUGGCUGAAACAAUAAUAAAUGAAACUUUAUUCGAAGCUGAGAUGGGAAAUCUUACAAUGUCACAUAGAGUAAUGGCUCCAAAAACAAUGAUACUAAAUGAUUUUCGAUUACGCUCAAGCAGUUCAACUUUUAUACCAUCACCAUCUCAUAAAUCAAUGCCAUCACCAUUACAAUAUACAGGUACUUCAAAUCAGUCACCCAUACAUCAACCUCAGUACUAUCAAGCAGGCACACUAGCACCUCAGAUGACAAAUAUAGUACCACAAACAAACACAUCGUCAUAUGGUCAAGAAAUUCAAGAGACACAAGCAAUAAAUGCUAUGGGUGAUACUACGGUCCAACUAUCAAUCCCGGACUGA